AUGAGUGGACAUCGUGUAGUUUCCAGUGCUGAUACAAACUUCUAUAGUGCUACCAAGUAUGCUGUGACUGCCCUGACAGAAGGGCUGCGGCAAGAGCUGCGAGAGGCUAAAAACCCACAUUCGAGCCAUGGUAAGUUAUUAAUUCCUAGUCUUCUUAUUAGAAAUAUUUCAUUAUAUUGUCAAUGAGCUGAUCAGUCGUCCGUAGCCACCCAACACUGAAUUGCGCUCAUUUAUCAUAUUGUGAGUACAGUACACCAACAUUACACUGCUGAAAACAAUGUGUUCUAUUAUUGGUAACGUUCCACAAUAUCAGGCCAUUGUGUCCUCAUGACAGACUACAUUGAUUUUAAAAAUCAACAGAUUUAUCUAGCUAAUGCACAAUGUAAUCAUUAGAGCCAUUAACGUAAAGCUGAAACUAACCCAGUGUUUCUGUUUUCCUCUGGACAGUGUUUAUCUCCUGGUAUGGUGGAAACAGAAUUUGCUUUCCGGCUUCACAGACUCCAUCCAGAGAAGGCUGCUGCUACCUACGACAGUUUGAA